CUCUCGCCAUUGCAGCCUUAGUAUGCAGGGUGCUCCGGCCGAGAUAGGACGUUUCGCUCUCCGCUCCGCCGCUCUCGACACGCACCACUCGGAGACGCUUUCUCGGACACAUUGUUUAGUUUGCGAAAUGAAAACUUCCUUGACAAGUCGGUGCUAAGAGAUUGUUGCAUUGCAUAAGAAGAAAAAGGAUUCCACCGUGAAAAAUACAAGGUAAAAUGGGCAAAGCAAGCGUUCACUGGUUCCGCCACGGACUCCGUCUCCAUGACAACCCGGCGUUGCUCGAAUCAAUUAUGGCUUGUGAAAAGUUCUAUGCCAUAUUUAUCGUCGACGAAGACGAAACAGAACUGAUGGGCUACAACCGUAUGCAAUUCCUGACGGAAUCCCUCCGGAACCUGGACGCCCAGCUCCGAGCCUUAGGUGGCCAGCUGUACGUGAUGAAGGGCGAACCCACGGUCAUUUUCAAGAUCCUACACACAGAGGCAGGGAUGUCGAGGCUCACUCUCGAACAGGACUGUGACGCAACCUGGGACAAACACGACAAGGUGGUGAGACGUCUGUGCGAGGAACUGGGCGUCGAGGUUGUGGAGAAGAUGUCCAACACACUGUGGGAGCCUUCCAAGAUCAUUGAAGCCAAUGGAGGAGAACCACCCCACUCCUAUGAAAUGUUCUUGCAAGUGACAUCCACCCUUGGGAUGCCUCCUCGGCCGUCGCCAAACCCGGAGUGGGAAGAUGUCCUCUUUGGAGAACUUACUGACGAACUCGCCACAAAAUUAGGACUGUUUCCCCACGUCCCAACGCCAGAGGACCUCGGUUAUUACCCAGAAAAUAAUGAGCUCGCAGCCUUCGAAGGAGGAGAGACAGCAGCGCUAGCUCUUCUUCAGAAGAGACUCAAACUCGAGGAAGAUGCUUUUAGGGAUGGCAAUAUUUUGCCAAACCAGGUGAAUCCCGAUAUUCUUGGACCUUCGUUGAGUAUGUCGGCAGCAAUACGCUUCGGCUGCCUGUCUGUGAGAAAGUUUUACUGGGAAAUUCAAGAGAUCUACUUCAGACUGCACCGAGGUAUACCGCCGCCCUUGCAUUCCCUGACGGCGCAGCUCGUUUGGAGAGAAUUUUUCUAUUGUAUGGCUGCCAAUAACCCACAUUAUAAUGAAGUUUCUGGGAAUCCACUGUGCAUUGAUAUUCCGUGGUUUAGGAACAGUGAAAAUUACAAAGCCUGGGAAGAGGGGUAUACAGGCUACCCGUUCAUUGACGCAUGCAUGCGACAGCUCCGGAAGGAAGGCUGGAUCCAUCACGUGUGCAGGACAGCGGUUGCUUGCUUUCUAACACGGGGAGAUUUGUGGAUCAGCUGGGAGGAAGGAUUGAAAGUAUUCAUGAAGUACCUCAUUGACGCAGACUGGGCUAUCUGCUCAGGGAACUGGAUGUGGGUGAGCGCAUCUGCCUUCGAGCGCCAGUUAGACAGUACCUGCUGCAUAUGUCCAGUUAGUUACGGAAGGAAGAUAGAACCGACAGGGGAAUAUAUAAGACGCUACGUGCCUGAAUUGGCUUCACUGCCACAGGAAUAUAUACAUGAGCCUUGGCUUGCUCCUCUGGACGUGCAGAAGGCAUCCAAUUGUAUCCUUGGAUACAAUUAUCCACACCGGAUAGUGAUACACGAAGAAGUAUCAAAAGAAAAUAAAAAGAUGAUGGAGAACAUCAAGCACAGCCUCCGGACUCGCUCGCCUCACAACAACCAUUGCCCUUCGAGCGUGAGAGAACCUUCGUUGUUUCUGUGGGUCCCCCAGUCAUUCCACAGAGACACGGUCUAGACUGGGGGAGAAAUCCUCACAAGCGUCCUCCGCAUUCUCCGCAUCCACAGCACACAAGAUGAAACGCACUUACACCAAGGAACUGCGCAACUACGGCCGUAAACUGAGUGUGCGCAAGCGUUAUCUGCGGGACUUCAAGCCCCUCCUGCCCAUGGGCUCGGCCAGACAGAGCAUCAGUUUGCCUUCGUCAUGUUUCUCCAAUGUGAUAUAGGGACUGAUGCUGUAGUAAUUUUCUCUCAUUUUCUAUCUUUAUGCUUUUUACAUUGUGUAUAUUUCUCAUGACAAAUUUCUUCCAUUUUUUCAUCUUCCUUUUCGACAUUAUGUACAUUUCACAUCACAUCGCGUCAUCAUUGAUAUAGUGAUUUUUAUGUAUAUAUUUCUCAUAACUUCUUGCUGUCAUUGGUACAAGGAUAUUCUUUUGAUAUUUCCACACAUAAUGUCAUGUCUUCGCCGCAUCACUCGUCAUGAACUAGAUCAUUUUAUUCAGGUCAUUGUUAUUAUAGUCACCACUGAUAUGUUAUUUUUGUUACCUAUUAAUUUUAAUGCAUCAUAAGCAUCUGGUUUGACCUCUACUUACGGGAUCAUCAGUACACAUCGUCAUUUUCAUUUUAAGUAGAGAUCGUCAUCACUAUCAUUCAUCGUUGUAAUUCAUUGUUAUUCAUUGUUAUCAUCAUUAUCACUUUCAGAAGAAAGGUUACUCUGGGACACAAGAAAGUACUGAAAUGUACUUAUUAUUUUAAGCAGUCGUAUGUAUCAUAUCAUCUUCAUUGUCAUCGUUAGUAUCUCUCGGUAUACGUGAUUGCGUAUCUGUAUAAAAGGUGAUUUACUAUACUACAGAUCCAUCUCAUGCUGAUACUAAUGUUUGGAAAAGACACUCUAAUCAGUAUUUCAUUCUCUGUUAGUUUCUUCAGCUGGUAGAGUUUAUUUAUUUUACUCGUUUUGAAGAAAAAAACACUUUCCUGAGAAGUUAACAUUCUUUACUUGAUGUCCAGGUUUGAAAUAUAUCAGAUUUAGUACUGUCAGUUACCACAUACUGUAGUCAUGUCAAGUAACAAAACAAAUAUCCACUGUGUAUUCGUGCGAUUUAUAUUUUGAUAAAAAAAAAAAAAAUAAUAUCCAUUUGAUAUUGAAUGUUUU